AUGAACACCCUUGGAAAUCUUGAUUUUUUUGAAAAUGCAACAUUUUAUCCAUUAAUGACGCCAAGAGAUGAUAAUAAUCCGUUCAUUAUUAUCUUAUCCAUUCUUUUAUUCAUUGUUCUGUUAAUUGGUUUAGUUGGAAAUGUUCUCGUUAUCUAUGUUGUCUUGAAUUAUGGACGAUUAAAAACAGUGACCAAUACGUAUUUACUACACCUUGCACUAUCAGAUCUGAUCUUUUUGAGUGGUGCACCAUUUUUCGUCUCUUCGAUUAUCACACGUUCGUGGAUAUUUGGUCGUCUAGCGUGUAAAAUCUUCUUUUUAACUCAAGGUGUUAAUCAAUACACAUCAAUUAUCAUCUUAGCACUCUUAUCCUUCGAUCGAUUUCUUGCUGUUUGUUAUUCAGCUAAAUCAAUCGUAUGGCGUUCGCGUGUCAAUCCGAAUGUACUUCUAAUCUUUGUAUGGAUCUUGUCUUUUCUCUUAAUGUUACCAAUUAUUAUCUUCACAUCAUUACAACGUGAAACCAGUUCAUCAUCAUCGACUUCUUCAUCUGAUGUUCAAUGUACAAUCAUUUUACCGUUCUCUCAUUCACGCGUUCUCUAUGUUAUUUUCGUUGCUCAUACAGCAACUAUAGCAUAUUUCAUUCCAUUACUAUUAAUGAUUUACUUUCAUAUACGAAUUGUUCAUCGUUUGCAAUAUCGCAUUCCUAAACAACAUCGCCGCUCGCGAACAUCGAUGCGUACGCGACGUCGAGUAACGAUCUUAGUUCUAAGCGUCAUAACUGUACAUUUACUUUGCUGUUCACCGUACUGGGCAUUUCAAAUGUUUAUGACCAUCGAAUUGUUGCCGCAAAAUAGUUCAUACCUUUUUCCAGCAUCGAGUAUAGGACAAUUUUUAUUAUUUGUGAAUUCAUCAACAAAUCCAAUCUUAUACGCGUUUAUUAGCGAAAUCUUUCGUACAAGUUUCCAACGAGUUUUUUCGUGUUUAUCCGCAGAUCAAAGACAAUUGAUGCAAGACAAAACGAUGAUGCAUCAGAGUAUGAUUGGUGCGGCAGAUCGAAUCAAUUAUCUUCAAUCGCGAACGAAAACAACUACAAGAAUUUUGAUUAACGAUCAAAUUCAAAGCCAUCAAAUCGAUUAUCAACGUCUAUCAAUUUCAAACAAACCGUCGGUCAACAAUUUAAUCACGAGAGAAAUUCGACUUUCUUCUCUAGCACCGACAGCAUCGAUUUUCGUCUCAGAGACAUCUGUCGUUUCAGACGUUUAA